GGUCACCUCUCGCAACAGUGGCUUUGCGCGACAGCUCCUGGACGCUAAAGCCUGUGUUUGACUUGACGAGCGACAAAGGUUACUAAUAUUCUGUUUAGCUAUGGGAUGUUUCAACAUCUACAUAUUUAACCGACAAGGCGUGUGCAUCUUCAGCCAUGCGUGGUUCCGACCGAAGUCUGUGAAAGCCGGCGCUGGAUCGCAAGAGGGCGACCAUAAGCAGAUGUUUGGACUGAUAUGGACGCUCGGCAACUUCUGCGCAACGCUAGACCCGAAAGACCCCAGCAAGCCGCAGCUUGGCACACCGCGCAAGAUCGGGCAAGGCUGCAAGUUCCGUAGCUUCACGACCAACAACUACAAGUGCAACUUCUUGGAGGUGCCAUCCGGCAUCAAGCUGGUGCUGAACACGCACCGUGAGGCGCCCGACCUGAGCGACGUGCUCCAGUCACUCUACGACGACAUAUUCGUAGAGUACGUGGUGAAGAACCCCACCUACAACCCCGGCCAGCCCUUCACGUCGGAGCAGUUCAUGAACGCGCUAAACGCCUUCCUGCGCCAGAAUGGGUUGCUGCAGCAACAGCAGAUUAUGCAGGCGGCGGCGUAGCUUGGGCCGCAUCCGAGGCUGCCACGUAGCUUACUGCGACAUGGCCAUUAUGAGUGCCCGGGCGAGGAGGGUUGAUGUCGUCGAGGCAGACAACGCCUGCAGGACCGUUUGGCAACGCGCCGGGAGCACGUGGGGCACAUCAGCCGACUGCUGCCGCGGUUGCCCGGCCAAGCUGAGGUGGCUGCCGCGCAGGAGGCUGAAUGAACGCAGGCAUGGACCCAUAGGCCAGUGCCGGCCGGUAGGUGCAUCUGGGAGGGCAGGUGUGGUAGUGGCACGUGUGACGUGUCGGAGCCAGGCUCAAUCGCCAACAGCGCCAGGAGCUGGAAGUGCAAACCGUACCUGAAGCGGAUUGGCAGGAAGACUGCCAUUCCCCUAGCCGGUGAUACGUCUCUAGCUGGGUGUUUGAAGACUGGCGCAGCGCUUAGGGCCGGUGACAACACGUUAACCGCCCCGUCCUGUGGGCUCUUAAUGGCUCGGUGCUGGCUGCUCGGCCGCGGCCGACGUGCGGCUUGUGUCAAUCAGCCUCCAAUAUGAAGUGGCUGCUGGCGUGUAAAGGAUAGGAAGAACAUAACCGUCGAGGGCGCUGCCUGGAGCGGAUGUCUGUCAGUGCGCUGCCAUGGAUAUGUGUGCGCGGUCAUAAUGCUUAGGCUGAGGCUUGGCUAGGACUCAUGUACACAGCUGUAUGAACAGUGGACAGCCAGCUAGGGAAGGGCGGUUUUACUUGAGGCCUGAGAUGGUCCAUCUUACCAGGGGUGCAGCGUGCGCUUGCGGUCGGACGGUCCCGCCCUUAUAACUUGUAUUAAGGUUGGAGGUGAGACUAGCAUGAGGGAAGGACGGCCGUGGGCAUGGCGCGCUUUGCGCACCUGUCUUCCGGACGCGCGUGUGUGUGUGUGUGUGUGUGUGUGUGUGUGUGUGUGUGUGUUGUGUAUCUGCAUGUGGUGUGUGUGUAUGUGUGUGUGGGUGUGUGUAUUCUUGAUGAGGCAACUGCACUUGUCGACACUGUGUGUCUGCGUGUUCACAAGGGCGGAACACGGAAGUUCUACGACACAAAAAGUAUAUAACCGUGCGGACGGCGCCCUGGGGCAUCUGGAUGUGGCUUUUGCCGACUAUCCUGCUACAAGGGCGGUGCGCACUGUAUAGCGCACAAUCCUAUCUGCAAACGGCAAACGGCAGAGGCCGUGCGGGCCCUGGCACCUUGAAUUGUCAAAGCGAGGACACAGACACUUCCGGGUGUUAUCAUAGGCACGGACAUUUCACAGGCAGGCAGGUGACUUCAGUGCGUCGUGGGCCCAUAGCGCGUAGAGGCUGCUAAAAUGUUCCUAAAAUUCCUAGGUCAUCUGUGCUCACACCUGGGCUGUCUGCCUGUCUUGCUAUGUCGCAGUGAUGUGGAGCGGCGAUCGCAGCUUUAUGACAUGGUGUGAUGGUGUCAAGGUGACUGCUGCGCGACAGGGCGACAGCGGGCGACGCCUAGAGCCAGGGGCUACCUGCCUAGAACAUCCUCAGCUGUGUCCCCGUCAGCACGCGCAUUCAAAGUGCCGCUGCGCAGCUGCGCUGGCACACGGCCACGACAGGCCCUGAGGUCCCCACAGCUGAUUUGGACGUGACCAAUUUCUGCUGGACGACUCAAGGGCCGCCAUCUGUGAUGAAAGUCCCC